AUGGAGAUCCAGAUGCAUCUAGAGACAGAGCUCUGUUUUCCAGAGCUACCGAACAGUUCUUGCAGGAAGCCGACACUUCACUGGUCCAAAACGGUGCUCCUGAACGUUGGGCUUUCGUCCAUCUCUGUGAUCACUGCUGCUCUUAACCUGCUCAUCAUCAUCUCAGUCUCCCACUUCAGGCAGCUCCACACUCCCAGUAACAUCCUCCUCCUCUCUCUGGCUGUCUCUGACUUUUUUGUGGGUUUUCUGUUGAUGCCGGUAGAAAUCUUCAGAAACACGGCCUGCUGGGUAUUUGGUGAUCUCAUGUGUUCACUUUAUAUUUAUCUGAGCGGCAUUCUUAUGAAUGCUUCAUUGGAAAUUAUUGUUCUUAUAUCAGUUGACCGCUAUGUGGCUAUUUGUGACCCUCUGCAUUACCCCACCAGAAUUACUGUGACAAGAGUCAAACUCAGUGUUUGUCUGUGUUGGUUUUAUGCUAUUUUCUACAUGAGUCUUUACACAAAGGAUGUCUUGAUAAAGCCAGUUAUUAUCAUCAUUGUUCUGUAUACAAGAGUAUUUGUGGUGGCUGUGUCUCAGGCUCGUGCCAUGCGCUCUCAUGUUACAGCUGUCACACUUGAGCGUUCAUUGAAUCAAUCAAACAAAUCUGAGCUGAAAGCAGCGAGGAACCUUGGAGUUCUUGUAAUUGUGUUCCUGGCAAGUAUUUGCCCAUUUUACUUCUACUCUCUUGUUGAAGGCAAUGUGGUCAAUGCUUCAUCUGCAACUUUUUUGAUCAUUGUUUAUUUUAACUCUUGUUUAAACCCAUUGAUCUAUACCCUGUUUUACCCCUGGAUUAGAAAUGCUGUUAAACUUAGCAUCACUCUGCAGAUAUUAAAGCAUAACAGUAGUGAAGCCAACAUACUAUAG